GACUUGAUGGCAUACUAGAUGCCUGAGACUCUUCUCAAGAAAGCCUGAUGUGCUGCUUUUGUACUUUGCUGAUGACAGAAGGGAUAUCACAUGGAAAAAGCCAACUGGUCCUCCCCCGUGGUGGGGUUCAUUCUCCUGGGACUCUCAGCCCACCCAAGGCUGGAGAAAACGUUCUUUGUGCUCAUCCUGUCUAUGUAUCUGGUGAUCCUGCUGGGCAAUGGGGUCCUCAUCCUGGUGACCAUCCUUGACUCCCGCCUGCACACGCCCAUGUACUUCUUCCUGGGGAACCUCUCCUUCCUGGACAUCUGCUACACAACCUCUUCCAUCCCUCUAGUCCUGGAUGGCUUCCUCACUCCCAGGAAAACCAUUUCCUUCUCAGGCUGUGCCAUGCAGAUGUUCCUCUCCUUUGCCAUGGGAGCCACAGAGUGUGUGCUCCUGGCCAUGAUGGCAUUUGAUCGCUAUGUGGCCAUCUGUAACCCCCUGAGGUACCCUGUGGUCAUGAGCAGGUCUGUGUAUGUAUCCAUGGCUGUCAGCUCCUGGACAAUUGGUGGGGCUGCUUCUGUGGUACACACAUCCCUGACGAUUCAGCUGCCUUUCUGCGGGAACAACGUCAUCAACCACCUUGCCUGUGAGAUCCUGGCAGUCCUCAAGUUGGCCUGUGUUGACAUCUCCAUCAAUGUGAUCAGCAUGGGAGUGACAAAUGUGAUCUUCCUGGGGGUCCCAGUUCUGUUCAUCUCCGUCUCUUAUGUCUUCAUCAUUGCUACCAUCCUGAGGAUCCCUUCAGCUGAGGGGAGGAAAAAGGCCUUUUCUACCUGCUCUGCCCACCUCACUGUGGUGGUCAUCUUCUACGGGACCUUAUUUUUCAUGUACAGGAAGCCCAAGUCUAAGGAUCCCCUGGGGGCAGACAAAGAGGACCUUUCAGAUAAGCUCAUCCCUCUCUUCUAUGGGGUGGUGACCCCCAUGCUCAACCCCAUCAUCUACAGCCUCAGGAACAAGGACGUGAAGGCUGCUGUGAGGAACCUGGUGGCUUGGAAAUACUUCACCCAGUGA